AUGAGAGUAAAAAAAAUCGCAGUGAUUGGUGCUGGCGUCAGCGGACUGGGCGCCAUUAAGAGCUGUUUGGAGGAGGGACUAGAACCUACAUGUUUUGAAAAGAGCAGUGACAUCGGUGGACUGUGGAGAUAUGAGGAGACACCAGAAAGUGGAAGGGCCGGGAUAUACAAAUCUUUGACCUGCAAUACAUCCAAGGAGAUGACAGCCUUCAGUGACUACCCCUUUCCUGACCAUUACCCCAACUACCUGCACAACUCCAAAAUAAUGGAGUAUCUCAGGAUGUACACCAGGCACUUCGGGCUGAUGAAACACAUCCAGUUCCAGACAAACGUGUGCAGUGUCAAGAAACGCCCUGACUUUUCAACCUCUGGUCAAUGGGAUGUUGUGGUCGAAGCUGAUCAGGAGCAGAAAACCUAUAUCUUUGAUGGAAUAAUGGUCUGCAGCGGCCAGUACACUGAGAAGCAUUUUCCUUUACAGGAUUUUACAGGAAUCACCAAGUUCCGAGGCUCCUGUCUCCACACCUGGGAGUACAAGCGCCCAGACCACUUCGUGGGAAAGCGAGUGGCCGUGAUUGGCAUUGGGAAUUCCGGAGCAGAUGUGGCGGGCGAGAUCAGUCGCGUCGCUGACCAGGUUUUCCUCAGCACGAGACGAGGGGCGUGGAUAUGGAACCGGGUUUGGGAUCAUGGGAAUCCCAUGGAUGCCACACUCUUCACUCGUUAUAAUAGAGCUGUUGAGAAGAUCUGCCCCGCACACCUGAUCAACAGGCAGAUGGAGAAGAAGCUAAAUGCCAGGUUUAGCCACGCCAAUUACGGGCUGCAGCCUCAGCACAGAGUUCUUGACCACCGAACAGUUCUCAGUGAUGACCUACCAAGUCGCAUCAUUACUGGGAAAGUGACGAUAAAACCAAAUGUGAAAGAGUUCACCUCAGCAUCAGUCAUCUUUGAGGAUGGAACUGAGGAGAACAUAGAUGUUGUCAUCCUUGCCACAGGCUAUACAUUGUCAUUCCCUUUCUUGAAUGAUGGCUCAGCAAUCCUAGACAGCCAGUACUCCAUGUUUAAAUUCGUCUUCCCUCCUGAGCUAGAGAAGCCAACUCUUGCUUUCAUUGGCAUCCUCCAGCCAAAGGGAGCCAUCAUCCCCACAUCAGAGCUCCAAAGCCGAUGGGUUGUUCAUGUGUUCAAAGGACUAAAAAAGUUGCCCUCAAAGAGAAACAUGCUGGCUGAGAUCAACAGAAGAAAACAAAAUAUGUCCAAAGACUCUAUGAAAAGCCUCAGAGACGCUCGCCGAGUACAGUUCAUCGACUACAUGGAUGAAAUUGCUUCCGAGUUAGGUGUCAAACCCAACCUGCUCUCCCUCCUCCUCUGGGAUACAAAGCUGGCCAAGGAGAUUUUCUAUGGUCCCUGCACCUCCUACCAGUUCCGUCUACAAGGGCCAGGGAAAUGGGCCGGGGCUCGGGCAGCCAUCCUCACACAGAGAGAAAGGAUGCUCAAACCCCUAAGAACCCGUGAGCUCAAACACUCCCAGGCCUCCCUCUUCUGUCUGUUCUGGAUCAAAUGUAUCUGUGUUGUCAUUUUUUUCUUUGUUUCCAUAUUAGCUAUCAUGCAUAUCACAAGUCAUUAA